AUGAAACCAAGAGUGAUCCUGAUCACGGGGGCCAACCGAGGCAACUUCGUAAGCAUUGGAAAGGGUCUCGCUGCGGAGUAUCUUGCCAUGUCAGGUACCACUGUUGUUGCAACAGUACGAGAUGCCUCAGCUCAGAAUGCAUCUCAAUUAUCUUCACUUCCCAAAGGGCAGAACAAACGGUUGAUCAUGGUCCGUCUCAGUCUGGAUGCUCCAUCAACUGUCACUGAAGCGAUUGAACAAAUUCAAAAGCAAAAUCUUGUGCAUCACGUCGACAUCGUCAUCGCCAAUGCCGGAAUUUGCAACCAUUGGGGACCGGUGUUGCACAUGAAUGAUUCGGAUUUGACAUCGCACUUUGAAAUCAAUGAAUUGGGGCCUUUGAGACUGUGCCGGGCAGCCGCUCCAUUGUUAGAAUCCUCCAAGGAACCGAGAUUUGUCUACCUGUCAUCUGAACUGGCAAGCAUUACCGGUCUGGAGAACUCGUCAUCACUGACUGCUGGAUACGGAAUCUCGAAGGUGGCAUGCAACUAUCUCGUGAAGAAACUUCACGAAGAGCAUAAAGCCCUGAUUGCCUUUUCAAUUGACCCUGGGGAAGUGCUGCCGCCCCUAUUCGCUUCCAAUGAUUCGUCGUGCUUCUGA